GCCUUUAUUCUGCGCAUGCGUCAGUUCGUGCUGGACUCUGGAGUACUGAGCGUUGCGGCGCAGCGUCGUGGCUGCACUUGUGUUAUGUAUCAUGUUGUUAUGUUCGCAAAUUCUAAAAGUGAGAAUGAAACUAAGUAUGCCUUCGUGUCGGAAUUGUGGGUGAUAGUUCAUCGUCCGAAGAAUAACAUGGCUGUGAUCGUUUACCCCAGCGAGGACUCAUCGAUUGAAGAGCGAGUUAGGAAUAAUGAGAUACCAGCGGCGGACUGGAAGCGGCAUUUGUGCGAAAUUGUAUUAAGUACUUAUGAUGUCAACGAAGCAGUUCUUUCCACGAUGCGGUACACAAGCGUAGCAUCAGCCUCAGUAUAUAAAGGUGUCAACGCGAAUAAACAUAAAUCAAACACUAUAGACUUGAAUAAGGAACCGUCGAGCAGUAAGAAGCGUCGUAUCACAUCUCAAGUUCAAAACAAUACAACACCAAGCGAAGGACCCAUGGGAUCUUCUACACCUAUAGCUAAAAAUAAUACAGCCACUACUGAAAAAAAUGUACACGACAAUACAAGUUUAAUAAAAUCACCUGCAUUUUCUAACCCUAAAAAUAAUAAAAAUCCGCAAAAUGAAAUUAUAUCAAAUAAAAAAGAAGAGGACACUACACCAAAUUCAGUAAAGUCUUCAUAUUCUGAUAACAAAAAACAUGAAAAUAAGAUACCAAAAUCAAUACCAAAGUCUCCCGAAAUAGUUUCUACUACUCAAACUAAGGAAAGAACAUUACAUCAAGAUAAUACAUCUGGCGGAGUAAAGCGUAAAGUCCAAUUUAAAAUGGAUAAAAAUACGAAACAAUCAAAAGACCCCACUCAAUUGUCUAUUCCUAAAGUUAAUAAUGGAGUUAUCGAUAAUCGACACAAUUUAACUAAAGACAACGAUAGUUCAGUUAUGAUUAAUAAUGACGAACAAAAUAAUAAGGCACUAUCUUCAAAAGAGUCUAUUGAUUUUUCAGCAGUUGACAAUUGUACAAAAGAUGAAUUAGUGAAAAAUCUAAAUAAGCCACCAAUUUUCAAUGCAUCUAGAUCGUCUGCUGAUAAAUUUGUAAAACCAAAUAUGCAAAGUGAACCUGCUAAUGAACGCAUCAUUGACGAUGCUCAACGUCCAACAAAUGAUGAAUUUUCGACGACGAAAAAUAUUGAAAUACACGAAAAUACUGUACCAAAAUCAGCUGGAUCUGCUCAAGUCAUCGAAAACAACCAAGCGAAUAUCAACGAAGGAAAUAAAAUGCGCAAAUUCUUGGAAAAAAUUGACUCUAACAUCUAUGAAAUCCUAAAGGGGACGAUUGAAAUUAUAAAUGCAAUGAAUGAUUACACAUCGAAACAUUUAGAUAUUGAAAUCAACGCAUCGAAACAACCAAAUAUUGGCACUAAACCUGAGCAAAACAAGGAACACAGGAUACCUACUUUAAAUCAUUAACAUUCAGGCCUAGGACUUAUAGAUGCCGUGGAAAAUAGCAAGGUCUAACUCAACCAGGCAGGACUUCAUCACGUUUACGGCAAAGAAUUUUGGGUUUAGGGAAUUUAUUUACUCAUUAAAUUGAAGUUACGUAAAAACUAUGGUUAGCUCAAUCAAUCUUUACUUGCAUUCAAAAUAUUUCUUCCAUCGCAAAUUUUCUUAGCCUUAUUUUAAAUAUCUCCUUUGAGUUACUUUCUUUUAUAUUUUUUGUAAGACUUUUGUUUAAUAGGGUAGUUAGUGUAUGUGAGAAAAAUUCCAAAAAUACAUAAAUAAGAUAGUUUAAUCGAAAAGAAAUCGGAAAAUAGUAGUUUCAGUUCAUAAAAUUAUAAAAUAUUUUUUUUAAUUCAAUUCAAAUUUUUGAGUUUUUUAAUCUGUUUUACAAAUAUUUGAAACGAGUGCCGCCAUGACAUGACGUCAUCAAGGCAGUAAACUACUUGAAAUGUCAAUACGCGUUAUUUUUUCGGACAAUAAAUUUGGAUCUUUUCUCGCAAGUUGUAACCAAGUUUUCCUCAUAGUUAUAUCAGUUCGCAUUUGAAUCUACAUUUUUUUUUGGGUUUUUACACUAGUAUUCUUACAUUCAAAAAUAACACACCUACGAGAAGGAUAGUAGCUCAUUUUAAUUGUAAUAAUUUCCUCUUUCUCUAUGCAAGGCAUUGUUACUUGAUGUUUACUGUCGAGAUGACGUCAGCAAAGUGGACUCUAGAGUUUUCGUUUAUUUACGCGGGAAAAUUUAAAAUGUAAUAUUGAAAUAUAUUUAAAGCCACUUA